AUGGUUAAAGUUAAUAUCGGAAUUAUUGGAGUAGGUUUAGUGGGUUCCGAACUUAUUUCUCAACUUACGGCACAUAUUGCAAAUAAUUCCUCUCCAAAGUUUUCAAUAGUUGCUCUUAAAAACUCUUCAAAACAACUAUUAAGUAAUUCAACUUAUACUUCACUCAACCUCUCUAACUGGAAAACAACUUUACAAACCCAAGGGCUUGCUUCUAACCUUUUAACCUUUGUUGACUAUUUAUCUAAUAGUCCAACUCCUACAAUUAUUAUUGAUAACACAUCAAGUUCAGAAAUAGCUUCCCAAUACCCAUUAUUCAUUAAGAAAGGUUUACAUAUUGUAACUCCCAAUAAAAAAGCUUUUAGUGAAGAUAUAGAAUAUUAUAAAGAAAUAUUAAAAGAAGCUGAAAAAAAUAAAAGAUAUUUGUUACAUGAAAGUACUGUUGGUGCUGGAUUACCUGUCAUUAAUACAUUAAAUGAUUUAAUUGGAACUGAUGAUAAAAUUAUUAAGAUUGAAGGAAUUUUCUCGGGAACUUUAAGUUAUAUUUUUAAUGAGUUUUCUUCAUUAAAUGAUGAUACAAAAAAAAAGUUUUCGGAAAUCGUUAAAGAACCUGACCCACGUGAUGAUUUGAAUGGAUUGGACGUCGCUCGUAAAGUUGUAAUUCUUGGGAGAAUCGCCGGAUUAGAUUUAAGUCUUAACACUUUACCAAUUGAAAAUAUUAUCCCUGAACCAUUACGUAACUUGACUUCAUCCUCAGAAUUUUUAUCUAGAUUAUCAGAAUUUGAUCCCCAUUUCGAUAAUUUGAAUCAAACUGCUAAAAAUAAUAAUAAAGUUUUAAGAUAUGUGGGAGUAAUUGAUUUAGCUCAUGGAGAACAAUCUGUAAAGUUGGUUAGUUUACCAUCAACUCAUCCAUUUUCAUCACUUAAAGGAAGUGAUAAUAUUAUUGCUUUUACUACACAAAGAUUUCCUAAUCCCUUGAUUAUUCAAGGUGCAGGCGCAGGUGCUGCUGUUACAGCUUUUGAUUUAUGA